AUGUCGUUCCGGCCGAUGUUGCAACAGCGGGCUGUGGCUCCGAUCGCAGCCACUCUCCUCGCGGGAGGCAUUGCUUUGUACCCCAAGCAGACAGCAUUCGCAGAAGCGCCUCGAGACAACCGCAAACCUAUCUACGAUGACUUCCCAGCCGACAUCCCCGAACCCUCCAAACCCGCACAACCUGCCCAGCCCGCUGCUCCUCAGCUGAUCUCCGCACCAGCUGUGCAAGAAGCUCCCUCCUCGCCCACCCCGACAGAUAUCCUGACUGCCCAGGUCCGACAAGCCCGUCUUUUCCUUUACUCCAACUCCCUUGCCGCAGAGACCGGCUUCAACAACUUCCUGUCCCGGGCCCUUAACAUCGAAAACUGCUUCACUAACACCGUUGCAUCGCUCGCACCUUCACCCGAGUCUGGCGAACGCCUGCUCCCCGGCGGUGUCUACGCCGUCGUCGCCGCCAUGGCCGGCUCCAUCGUUUCGCGUAACCGUGGUAUCUUCCUCCGCACUGCGUCGCCAAUCGCUUUCGGUACCGCUGCCGCCUGGACACUUCUCCCGGUGACGAUGCGCAAUGUCGGAGACCUCGUUUGGGAGUAUGAGAAGAAAGUUCCUGCCGUUGCGGAGCAGCAUAUCGCUAUCCGCGAUCGGGCAGAGCACAUCUGGUACACUGGCAUUGCGCACAGUGGGAUGGCGCGCCAGAUGAUGGAGGAGAAGAUCGGAGACACCCGCAAGAAGCUGGAGGAGCUUGUGAGCAAGGGCCACUAA